AUGAACUCUCCGAUAGCUCCCAUCCUCCUCGAGCCUCACCUCGGCGAACUUCCUGGAAGUUCGCGAAGGAUUUCUCGCAACGAUGCAGCUACCGGAGCAUCUGCCGCCGGCGUUCGCGCUCUCAGUGCACAGAUGGUGGCCUUUUACUUCAGAGCACCGAUCAAAGCUUUCUUUCGUAUGCGUGUUGAUUAUAUGGCAUUUGCGAGAGCUGUGAACCCACGUGUCGCCGAAGGCAAAUGGUCUCUGCAUACGACAACCCCGGGAUUAUUGCUCCACGCCGUUCGGACAUAUGGCUGGCGGUUUAUCCCGAACCAAGUGCUUCCACCAUUGAUGGCAAAUGCAGGGGUUGGUGCCGUUCUCUACACGUCCUAUCUCCAAGUUUUGGGGGCCCUACAUGAACCUGUGUCCCAAGGGGUGAAGCGAGUAUGGCCCCCGGCUCCUCCAUCUGCAACAUUCGCAGCUGGAUUCAUAGCCGGCACAAUUCAGUCGAUUGUAGCCGCCCCUCUGGAUGCCUUACAAGUUCGCUUUCAAACCAAUGACAUGCUGGAGGGUCAGUACCGGAGUAUGUGGCAUUAUGGUCACCAUAAGCUCAAACAGAUUGGUCUCCGUGGGGUCUUUGCGGGCUGGAGCCUGUCGUUCAUGCGGGAUUCACUCGGCUAUGCUGUGUUCUUCUCCACGUUCGAAUACAUCAAGUCACAGUCCUACUAUUCAUUCGUCACUUGGUACUAUGGCUCCCUGCAAGUCGAUCAUGUGGGCAUGCUUUCAUCGUCCAGGUCUAGUGAUCGUGGUGUGCCACUCAUCAAGCCCCACUAUGCAUUGGAGCCAUGUUUCCUGCUGAUGGCCGGUGUUGUGGCAUCGGUCGCUCAGCAAACCAUUCAGCAUCCUAUAAGUAGGAUUCAAGACCUUCACCUUGGUCGUCUGGAAUAUCUGGAUCACCAGGCCAGCUUCAUACCCUCGCGACAGAAGAUGAUACAAUUCUACUACCAUGCCUAUCAAGAGACCUUCAAGAGGUGCGAGCGGAAGGUUGCGCGGGCCGGGGGCUGGCGCUCCUGGUUGUUCCGUGGAUUUGUCGGGAGCUCUCUUCGCCAAUCCAUACCCUCUGAUUCUCGCUCGAUCCAUUCGGCCAAAUUAUUGGAGUCUAACGAGAAGGGUAAUCGACGGUCUUCCCAUUCGUCUGCUCGCUCGGUCGGGUCUGACGUCUCCAUCUGGUCAGAUACCGGUGACCUCGCCGAGCAGUUCGCUGAGGCUGAAGAUCCGCUACAGAUUCACCUUCUCAAUUCCUCAGACUGCCGGCUCUUGCGUCAAAAAGAGCGAAGGGAGCAGCCCAAACACGUCCGCUACCCUUCAAACUUGAACAACGAGCGUUCUGGCGUCGAUAUUGAAAAGAUCAAAAUACCAGCCCCUCCCCCGCGACAUAUUUCGAGAGUUGAACGCGUGCUGGCCGCCAUAAUGACACCCAGAGAUGGACCAAACACCCAGAUGCACGGCUUAGUCGGAAAACCAUUACUUUACUUCACGAGUGUGUUUGUAUCACUGGGUGUCUUUCUCUUUGGCUAUGACCAGGGUGUAAUGUCUGGGAUCAUAACUGGCUGGUACUUCAAAGAUUACUUCAACCAGCCUUCUCGGGCUACAAUUGGCACUGUGGUUGCAGUUCUCGAAAUUGGUGCAUUCAUAUCCUCGCUCCUUGUGGGUCGUAUCGGUGAUGUGAUCGGCCGUCGAAGGACUAUACUCUAUGGCUCCAUUGUGUUCUUUGUUGGCGGUGCUUUUCAAACAUUUUCCACGGGUAUACCCAUGAUGAUGGUCGGUCGUGUGAUUGCCGGUCUAGGCGUUGGUGCCCUCUCUACUAUCGUGCCAGUUUACCAGUCUGAAAUAUCGCCUCCCCACAACCGUGGGAAGCUUGCAUGCAUCGAAUUCACCGGCAAUAUUGCUGGGUAUGCGACUAGUGUGUGGGUAGACUAUUUCUGUAGCUUCAUCGAUAACGACUACUCCUGGCGCCUGCCGCUUCUUUUCCAGUGUAUCAUGGGUGCCUUACUUGGAGUUGGCAGUCUGAUGAUCUGUGAAUCACCUAGGUGGCUUCUUGAUAAUGACCACGACGAGGAGGGUAUGGUGGUGAUCGCAAAUCUUUAUGGCGAAGGCGAUCUCCUCAAUGACAAGGCCCGUCAAGAAUAUCGUGAGAUCAAGAUGAAUGUCCUUGUCCAGCGACAAGAGGGUGAGCGAUCCUACUCGGACAUGUUCCGCCGGUAUCGCAAACGUGUUUUGAUUGCUAUGUCGGCCCAAGCUUUAGCUCAACUCAACGGGAUCAACGUAAUCUCAUACUAUGCGCCUCUAGUGUUUGAAUCGGCCGGUUGGGCUGGACGGGAUGCCAUCCUGAUGACUGGAAUCAAUGGUAUUUCAUACUUGCUGUCUACCAUACCACCCUGGUAUCUCGUGGAUGGCUGGGGCCGGCGACCGAUUUUACUCACGGGUGCCGUUGCCAUGCUCAUUUCGCUUUCUCUUAUCUCCUACUUUAUUUACAUCGAGAUUCCCGCCACCCCAACCCUGACGGUGAUCUUCGUUAUGCUCUAUAAUGCAGCUUUCGGGGCAUCCUGGGGCCCCAUUCCAUGGUUAUAUCCCCCAGAGAUUUUGCCUUUGAGUAUUCGUGCCAAAGGUGCAAGUUUGAGCACCGCUUCAAAUUGGGCAUUCAAUUGGCUCGUGGGCGAGGUAACACCUGUUCUUCAAGAAGUUAUCAAGUGGCGGCUAUACUUGGUCCAUGCAUUCUUUUGUGCAUGCAGUUUUGUGCUUGUCUAUUUUUUGUACCCCGAAACGAGUGGGGUUCGCCUCGAAGAUAUGAACGUUCUUUUUGGCGAUGCUUCCACUGCCAUGCCAACACCCGCCACCCAAGGCGAACGGGGGUCGCUAAUGGGUGCUGGUUCACCCGUCCCAUCGCUCGACCUGCGUCGGCAGUAUGGUCAAUUUGGGGCAGAUAAUUCCAUCCCUGGCCUAGAUAUUGAUCCGCCGACUUCAAGCCACGAGGGAACUAGCAAACGCGGACGCUCAAAUUCUCACCAGGGCAGUGUCCGCGGCGAAGGAAUUGGUGGCUGGAUCUCAAACAUGGUCAGUCGAAACCGAGGAGCGGGCGCCGGUGCUACCAGCAGUCAAUAUAGACGUUUGGAGCAAGGAGAAGGCGAAUGA